AAGUUCGCAGUGUGUUAGCUUAGCUUGGCGUUAGCUUAGCUUUCGCUCACCUUGUUCGAGUAAAUGCGGCGCGUCCACGUACACAAAGUCGACGUUUUUCUUGAGAAGCUUCCUCAGGGCACCGGUCUUCUCCCGGAACGAGGCGCCGUUCUGCCGGUAGCCGUGCAAGCACAACACCCGCAGAGGCGCCAUGGACGGGCCGCUGGCCUGCGAGCUCACCGGAGCUGCUAGCUAGCUAGCUAGCUGGCUAGCGCUGGUUGGGAAGGAACCAAGUACAAAUACGUGCUCACACACAAGUGGCAACUAAGAAAGAAGAAAGUGUUCACUUUUUCCAGCGCUCUUGCUGCAGUUCUCCAUGUGACCACACGAGUGCGCCGAUCGCUGUGUCAGCUGAGGACGAAGCUUUUUUUUGGGUUUCUUUUCUCCGCCCUCCGAAAUCUGUUUUGAGUCGUCAAAGUUGCAGCUGGUUCCGAACAUGUUCAAGACGUUCUGGCAGCGUCUUCGGCACCCGGGGGACUGCACCCCUGGCCCGGUUCCGCCGCCGUGGCGGCACCAAUUUAGCACCGCGCUCUAGAGCCCCAAAAGUCAACAAAGUGUGUUCGGACUCGAUGACAAAGUUGGAUCCGUCCUGCUGACUUUGGACCUUUUGCAACUUUUGCUGGGCUGUUUUUGCGGGAUUUGACGUACUUUUGACUUUCAUGUCUCGCGUCGUUGUGGAUUUCGACUGACGCUCGGAACCGCCGUCGGAUCGGACAGGGUCGGUGAUUGUUUGUUUGGAGGCGAAGGCGAUGCGGUAAGAAGCAGGCCGCGUCGCCGUUCUGACCGCUCAUUCGGCCGGUCGAGGUAAGCAGCGAGCGAGGCCUGCGGGUCGGGCUUCUAGCGGGCUCGCGUAGAGCCCUUGGCCGCCUCGGAGGCUUCACGGGUCGGCGGUGAGCGCCGCCCCUCGUCGGGCCUGCGCCUGGCGAGAUGGAGCGGAUGGAAGUGGACCAGUGCGCAGGCGCAGCUGCUGGGGCUUUACGCCGGUCCAUCAGCGCCCCCAUGAUUACGAGUGUCAGCGAGCGGAUGGGCGUGUGCAGUCCCGUCGUCUCCUGGCUGCGACAAAGACGAGUGUCCGUCAACUGCAGCUGUCCGUCACAGGAGGACAAGAUGGAGGCGUCACUUCAGGGGACCACCGUGCACAGACUCAGAGUUUCCUGUCAACUUCCGGCGCCGCCCGGGAGCCAGUGCCACCAAAACCCGCCUGAGUGGUUCCGCUCGCCGGAGAGCGGAGUGACGCCGAACUCCUCACCGAGUCCCACCAGGAGGUUCAGACCCGUGGGUGGAGCCAACAUCAGAUGUCCCGCCUUAACGCCACUCAAGCGGAAAGUGCCUCAGCUGCAGACUCCGCCCCCAGAGGAGUUGGUCCUUUGUCUCCGCCCACUUUCACACCAUUCACCACCCACCCGCCACAUUAACCCCACCCCCACGCAAGUCCUGCCUCUUCUUGCACCAACGGCGCUCCGCGAUGACGUCACAAGUGGGGCGAGACCAGAGAAGUGGGCGGAGCCAGCCUGGAAGUGCCUUGGACUCAGUCAGUUUAACGUCGGACAACCGAAAGUUUUUUGGAAUAUGGAAUAUUUGGAAUAUUUCCACAAUUCCCGAGCUUAACGCUCCUACGGAAAUUUAGCGGAAACUUUCCACGCCGUCGCAACCGAAAUCUUGAGCAAGAAGGACCGACGUUAAGUUUCCGCGGCCGUCUUUGAUGGUGGUCGAUGGAGCGGGCGCCCUUCGGCCAGUCGAUUGGUUGACUCCUGGCCGCCGUCAGUGCGAGCAGCAGCAGCGCGCCCAAGUGGACGCUCCCCGUCCCUGCAUCACCACCAGUUUUUUUGUUUACGUGACAAUGUUACUGAGUACACACAGGGGUCCUCAAACGUUUUGGGUCCAGGGAUCCCUUACAGGGCAAUCAUUUUUCACCAACUACCUUGUGUACCCAUAAAUUUCCCCCCUAAAAAGUCAGUUACUAUAACAAAUUGACAUUUUUUUCAGUUGUAGUAUGAGAAUAGUCUUACUUUUUCAAGUUCUUUACAAGAACAAGGAUGAUUCAGUCGAAAAAGUCAUUUUAUAAGAAUAAAAAUGACCAGAUCAUGGUAAUAUAUUAAAGUCAGUUUAACGAGGGUUUGGGAUGGUUUUGAACAAGUGAAAUUCAAAAUUGCAUUCUUACAUUGUCUUUUAUUUGGCAAAGGACACACUGAAGCAAUACGACUAUAUUCUAUCUAAUCGCGCAAAAUUAUUUUGUGACGCCCAGUUUGAGAACCACUGGUGUACAGGGCCGUGCAGAAGUCUUUAGCCCAAACUCACAGCCAUAUAUUCUCUCCGCACUGUGUGCUCAACAGAUAUUGCUGGAGUUUAGUUGGAGACCUUCUUUUUCCUCUUCAUGCGCUUAAAAUUAACCAUCCGUUGAUAUGGCGGGGCUUUACUGUACUCUUAAGAUGUCAUUGCGUUUAUGGCAUUGUUAAUACCCAAAAUGUAGAGGUGGACUAACGACUUCUGCACAGUACUUUAGCUUAGCAUGUUGUUAACAUCCAAGUCCAACUAUUUCGAUGAACAUUCUCUGGCGGCAACAAGAAAAGGUCAACAACGAAAGGACACGUUUGUCCAGUCGCGGCAGAGAAAACGUUCGCUGACGUCAAACUGUUUUCCCGUCAGUUUGCAUUUGGACUUUUUGCGCUUGGGAAAGUUUUGGUGCCAAAGACGCCGCCGAAAGCGACGACCCGCUUCCUCCGUCCUGGAUUUCGCACGUCAGCCUCCGAAUGACAUUGACAGAACGUUUGGCGUUUCCAUCGCGACGUUGGAGGACGACGAGUUUGUGUAAAGAAAAAGUGACUUGAUGAAGUCAAGGCACAAGAAGGAAAUAUAAUUUUUUUUUUUAACAUUUCAAAGAGCAAAAAGAACAACUUGUGAAAUAUUUUUAUGCAACCUUCUGAAAAUACAACAAGGUCGACUCUGGAUAAUCAUCAUUGAUCAUUUCGUCCAUCAGCCGGCAUGCUUCACAGGGGGCGUGGCUAUCACAAAAGCGCUUUUAUCAGAACAGAAUCUCACUCGAUGUUUGC